UCUGUUCUACACCGGUUUUGCUACCAGCCGUGUUGUUUACAGAUGGCCAUGUUCGACCAAAAAAUUGAAGGAAUUACAGAGAGGCUGGAAACCGGGGUCGGCAAUUUUUUGGAUGAUAAAUCGAAAGUGAAAACCGAAGAAAAGCCAAAGACAAAAGCAGCGAAGCCUGACGACUCGGUCGAUAAAUUGGGCAACAAAGGGAACAGCGCAGACAGUGGGAAUUGCUAUUGCGGUAAGGAGCGCAAUCUCAAUAUCGUCGAACUGCUCUGCGCGAGCUGCUCGAGAUGGUAUCACGAAUCCUGCAUCAGCUAUCAGCUGGGAAAGCUUGUUCCGUUCAUGAUGAAUUACGUCUUCAUGUGCAAGAAUUGUUCACCAACAGGGCUGGAAAGCUUCAAAAAAAAUCAAGCACCAUUUCCCCAAAUGUGCGCCACUGCCAUCGCAAAUCUCUUGCAAAUGAGCAUAAAGGACAGAGAGCACAGGGUCGCAUUCCACAAGGAUAAGGACAUCAUCCCUUUCAUAGAGUGCCAUUGGGAAAGCAUGACAACGAUGCCUCGGAGAGUGACGCAGUCCUGGCAUGCCACCAUUCAGCGUGCUUUGCUAAAGGAUGUUGGGAGCCUCUUUACCGUCGACGAAAACAACACCGACGGCCAGAUGUUUGGAUUACUAGUUCCAGAUCUGACACUAAUAAAGCCUAAUUACGAAGCAAUGAUCAAAGGCGGCCACCUCAAAGUGACAGAAAUGGGAAUACAGCAUGUCGUGCCGUUGAGCGGAGGACUGCGAGGCCGCAAUGCGAAACGUAAAUUUCCUGGAGAAGGGGCAGGUACUGGGCCAGGAAAAAAGGGACGUGGAUCAGACAUGACUACCCCCAAAUUACCUGCGCACGGUUACCCCCUUGAACACCCUUUCAACAAAGAUGGGUACAGAUAUAUUUUGGCAGAACCAGAUCCUCAUGCACCAUUUAGACAGGAAUUUGACGAAAGCAGCGACUGGGCAGGAAAACCAAUUCCUGGCUGGCUAUACCGAGCCCUGAGUCCAAGUACUGUCUUGUUUGCACUACACGACAGAGCACCGCAGCUCAGAGUUUCCGAAGAUCGUCUUGCCGUGACUGGCGAGAAGGGAUAUUGCAUGGUUCGUGCAACGCAUUGUGUCAGUAGAGGCACCUGGUACUGGGAAGCCACUAUCGAAGAAAUGCCGGAGGGAUCUGCCACGAGGAUUGGAUGGGGACAAGAAUAUGCUAAUCUUCAGGCACCGCUUGGAUACGAUAAAUUUGGAUACUCAUGGAGAUCUAGGAAAGGGACGAGAUUCCAUGAAAGCAGAGGCAAACACUACAGUCCAGCUUACGGCGAGGGUGACACGCUAGGGUUCCUCAUCACUUUACCAGAUUCACCGCAUGUGACACACAUUCCAAACACUUAUAAGGACCGGCCUCUGGUUAAAUUCAAAAGCCACUUGUACUAUGAGGAGAAAGAUCAGGUACCCGAAGCUCUGAAGGCUUUGAAAUCUUUACCAGGUAGUAAGAUAGUAUUCUACAAAAACGGAGUAUCACAGGGCGAAGCUUUCUUCGAUAUUAAUGCCGGAGCCUACUUUCCUACCGUGUCAAUACACAAAAGUGCUACCGUCUCCGUCAACUUUGGGCCAAACUUCAAGAACUCACCUACCGACGUAUCGUUCAGAGGGAUGAACGACAAGGCGGAGGAAGCCAUCGCCGAACAAUCAAUGGCAGACAUGCUUUACCUUGCCGAAAACGAGGGGAAGUUACGACUGGAUACCUUCUCAAUGUGACAUUAAUGGUAUCUUUUUAUUUUUCCCAGUCUCGUUGCGUUACUUUAUUGAGCAUUGACCGCGUCGUGUUAAGACGAAAAUGCUACCGUUACUACGUUACGAAUUGUGUUAUAUGAAUCCAAAUGCGACGAAGUAUCUGUCCAGUUUGAGGAUUAUUAUAACAGGGUCGAAAAGACAUUAUUGAUCACCGUUAUUCAACAAGAUUUGCGAUAAUAUUGACCAUUGAAAAAGGCGAUAAGUGAAACUCAGGCGAUUGUUUUAAAUAAAAAAAAAGCAUGCAUUUCAA